AAACCUUCCACAAAAAUGUCCCUUCCCUUCCCUUCCCGCCGCCAUAAAAACCUUCCAGACAAACCCCCGCCAUGGAACAACCAGAACUGAAAAGACAAAACCAAACAUUUGGUGAAUCCAGUUCUCCGAUUGGGUGGGGGACAGACGACAACAAAGAUGAUGAUGAUAAGGUGCGCAAACUCAAAAAAAAAAACUCUCGAUGCAAUGCUUUGUUUGAGGGGGUUGUUGUUUAAAAAUCGCUCUCUCAGAGUCGAAAGCAACAACAGCAACCAGAAGGGAGAGAGAAAAAAACAACAGAAAAAGGACAAGAACAAACAAACAACAAGAAAGGGCGCGAACCAAAGACUCGCUACGAGUCUUGUCUUUUAUAUGCAAUUCCUCCCCAAAGAGUUUCCUCCACCGCCCCAGCCCCAGCCCCAAUCCCUUUCCUUUCCCUUCCUUUGCCACCGAACCAAUUUCAAAAAACGACCCUGCGGAGGUCCAGCGUCGUCUAAUAACGACAGAGAGUGGUUAAAGAUGCUCUUGUCCAAAUCCUCCGUUUCUCCUUUCCCCUUCCCCUUACCCCCCAAUGCUGCCUUGUCCCUGCCAACCCGCCUCUUUCCUUCCUCCCCCGUCCGUUCCCAUAUUCGUCCAGCUUCGAGCGUAGGUAUAAUGUAUAUAGUCGCUAACACGUCGGCCGUGAAUGAAUAAAGUUUUCGGUCCAGUAGAGCCACACUCUCGCCUGAUGCGUAUACAAGGCAAAGUGACAUGUCGCAAAACCAGGGAGGAUCCAGUCAAAAUACCAAAAAAAAAAAAAGGUGGCGAGAUUCGAGGGCUGUGGUUUUUUUGUACUG